AGUGAAAUGAUGAAGUAAUUUAUCGCGAUUCAAAUGCUUGAGAAGUAUCGAGAGUAUAUUUAUAAUUCUCUUAUUAAUUCGAUCUACCAAACGCAUUUGCUAAUUAUUAAAUUGACAUUCCAUUUUAUCAAUUUAAAUCAUUUUUUUUUCGCGAUUGAAUCGAAUACCUACCGUGAAGUAGCUAUACUGUCUAUCUAAAGUAGCUUCUUUGGCUGAAAUUCUCAAACAUUAUAGUGACAGUUUCCGGUUUCACUGUGCUUUGAUAAAAAUAAAACUCUAUUUGAUAAGCUCGCGAAGGGAAAAAAGGAAGUAUAAAACGAGACAAAAUAGUAUCGAUGAACUUGGAAGGAUUCCAUUAUACUGGAGCCGAAAUGCGCGCCAUCGUAUUCACAAAUUUUACUCGUAACGAGCUAAUUGCCAAAAUGUUUUGGACGAUUGGAAUUAAACAUGAAAAGUCCAUUACGAAUAUCUAGUCUAGAUAAUUCGUCAAUAUUGUAUGCGCAGAAAAAUCACCGAUAGUUGAGCAAAAGGAAGACGAACAAUUUCGUCGGGUUGAUACAAAUUAGAUGAUAAGAGAGGCAGGAAUGCAACAGCAAUACUGUCUUCGCUGGAAUAACCACAAAAAUAAUUUGCUCACGGUGUUCGGCGAAUUAUUCAAAAAUGAAGACUUCACAGACGUGACGCUAGCUUGCGAAGGUGGAUCUGUCAUCAAAUGCCAUAAAAUGGUCUUGGCAGCGAGCUCGUCGUAUUUUCAAAAUAUUUUUUCGAAUUUGCCCUGUAGUCAUCCGGUAGUGGUAUUGAAGGACAUCAAAUAUAGAGAAAUACAAGCCAUACUGGAGUAUAUGUAUAAAGGAGAAGUUAGUGUAACAGAGAAGGAAGUCGCGCCUUUGUUACGCGUAGCUGAAGCUUUAAAAAUUAAAGGGUUAACUAAUAAGAACGAUCAUGGACCCAUGUAUAAUAGUAUUGGUGCAUCUUCAUCUUCGCUUCAUGACACAGAUCAUUCAAAUGUUGUACGUGCUACUGUAUCGUUACCAAACAAUUCGAGCAAUCGGGAUGGCAAUAAUCUGACUAAUGAAAAUCAACCGCGUGUUGUCGAUGAUAAGAUCGAUCGUAAUAUUACUUCACCUCCUCACUCGACCAGUUCGCUUAAAUCACUCUACAGCCACAGAAACGUGUACUUCGACUGCAAAUCUCCAAAUGCAGACAGAUCCGAAUACAGAAUACCACCGUUGCCGAUUUGGCCUAUGAGCGGUCUACCUAUGGCUGCUUUUCCUUCACCGCAAACCACUACCUCAGCUGCUGCCGCCGCCAUGUUGAAUAGCUAUCAAGAAGCAGCCAUCGCAGCCAAUAAUGCGAGCAUGCCUCCUUUGAAGCGGAAAAAGUUGUCUGGUUCGCUUAUGAGCAAGGAAAGAGAUACGCCGAUUUUGAGAACAGUUCUCGGUCAAGGUCAAACUGAUACUUUGCAGCCUAUGUCUCUAGUCUGUCACGAUGACCAAGAUGGAGAGCUUCGGUCUAUCAAUGGUUCGGCGAUGCCGCAAGAUCUUUCGUAUAUGAAUAAGGUUAUGAAGAUAGAAGCAUUGUCUGAAAGUGGCCAUUCGCCGUACCAAGAAACAUCUUCAUUUAUGGACGAAGGUUUCAACCAUGAAAGAGGUAGCAAAAGCCUUCAUUCAUCGUCCCCAUCGCCACAGUCCUUUUACAUGGACUCAAAAGGAAAUGUUUCGUCAGCUCUAGCGAAUUGUGUACAAUCUCAACAACAAGAAUACAAACGUUACAAACAGUACACGAAAUCCGACAUAUCAUCAGCUAUUGAAUCAGUUCGCCUUGGAAUGACUGCUCUGAAAGCGGCAAAAAAAUUCGGCGUGCCAUCUAGAACUCUUUACGACAAAGUAAAAAAAUUAGGCAUUACGACUACCCGAACUUUCCGGCGAACGAAUGGCGGUAACGGCACAGGUUUUACUUUCGGUAUAAGUGGAGCUGCUAGCAGCAUGUUACUUGGUUUGUCGAUGCAGAAUGAAGACGAUAACAGCUCGCAGGGCGAUAUGUUGGAACAUGGAUUUCUGCACCAUGCGUUAGAAAGCAAUAAAUUGAAAAUGGAAGAUUUGAAUCGCGAAGCAGCAAUUUCAACGCCUAGGUCUUUCCAAGCUUAUGAAUUUAUGCGACAAAAUUCAGAUAGAGAAGAUUGCAUGAACUCUUUAGAAUCAAACGAACGGCGAACAAUGUCUUUGUCUCAAGGAAAUACAAGUGACUUGGGCAUGCCAUCGUCACCGACACCCAACAAUGGAUCUCCAAGUCCCAACCACAUCAAUUAUGAUCCACGUAGUCGUAGUUUAACUCCUUCGCCGCCAUUACCUCCAUCAGUACCACCGCCGCCUAAUGACGAUUAUCAAGAUGAAGUUGAAGAUUUAUCCAUGUCCAGAAAACCAGAGCAACAAUCUGGAGUAAUUAUGCCGCCGAUGAAUGAAGCCACAGCUGCGGCCAUGUUAGCCAACUGUGGCGCUGAUAAUGAAAGAGAUUAGCCCUAUAAUUAUGUGACUAUGACUAUACUAUGAGUUGAUUUUUAUUACCUAUACCUUGUUAUUUAAUUGAUGAAACAGAAGACUUACUUGUUACCAAAAUUUUACUGAAAAAUGUAAAUUUUAUCCUAGGUAGGUAAUAUUUAUUCAGUAGAGAAUUGUAUUGUAAAAUCUGUAUUCUACGAGUUCAUCAUUGCUAUUUUAUGUCAAGUGCCUCAUGAAAUUUUAUUUAUAGAGCGAAUUGAUUUUCGAAACUAUGCCAUUCAACACCAAUUUUUAAAAAAUGUUUACCUAAGUAUAAUAUUGCAUUUCAAUGUCAAGACUGAAUAGGUAGGUACUAGGUAAGAUACUACUUAAUCAAAAUAUUUUACCCUUUUCUUUUGUUUAAAAUUAACAGUCAAAAAUAUUUAAAGUGUAGCUUAAAUUUUAAAAAUUCUUGAAGUUUCUGUAGUCAAAAAUGAGAGUAGGUAUAAGUAUUUUAUACUUAUGUCCAGUCCAUUGGUUCCUUUUCGAUGAUUUUCAUUCUUAAGCAACUGUCGUGAUAAAAUAAUGCAGGUAUGCAUAUUCAAAUUAGGUACCUAUCUACCUCUGUGUUAAGGAUUUCAUAAUUUAAAGGAAAAAAAUGUACAUUUGAGUAUAAGAUUACUUAAAUUGGUAUCUCUAAUUUUAUAAGACUGCUAAAUUUAAGAUUAUUAUGUGUAUAGGUACCAACGUAAAGACUGUUUCAAUAUGGAAUAAUAUGUACCACUAUAUUAAGAUGAUGAUGAUAUAUAAUUACGUAUAUAGUUCAAUUAUUUAUUGUGGUUGUUUUAUUUAUUAGGUAUACUUAUAGCUUAAAAAUUUUUAUUUGUUGUAAUUUGUGUUUUUUCCCCUUCUAUGGUGUUCUAUUUUAACCAUUCACUUUUUAUGAAUGUGUACCUAAACCUAUUCCGUGUUCAUUUUAAAACUAAUUUCUGUGACAGAGCAAUCCGUUUUACUAUAGGUAGGUACGUGUUAAUUUUGUAAUUGUUGAUGAUUUUACGUUUGCAUUACUAUAAUCUGCUAUCAGCAGGCAGUGUUUUUUUUUUUUUUUUUUAUCAAAUAGUUUUUAACAAUUUUUGCAAAGAAAUGUAAAUAUUCAUCAAGUUGCCUGUUGAAAGCAUAUUGUAAAUAUGUGUUAGGAUUGAUUAACUAAUCUAAACUGCACGAUUUACCAAAUAGUCAUAGAAAAAUGAGAGAAAUUGAAAAUAUUUAAAAAAUAUAUAUAGAGCUCAUGCUUCCAACUCCCCGGUCGACGUCCCAAAACAAAUUUUAUCAUUUUUAAUAAUUUAAAAAAGGACCUUCUCCUCCUCCUCAGUAGUAUAAGACGAUAGGUCUGGUAUUAAUGAUUUUUAAAUAGGUAGGUAUAAGCUCAACCUUUUGUAAUUUAUCACGAAGGUAGAAAGCAAUAAACUACAAAACAACAUGUAAACUUCGAAUUGCAAAUAAUUAUCAAUUUCGCGUGUGACAAACAGAUAGUUUAUCGCUCGUGCUAAACAAAAAUGGAAAAUACUGAAAAUGAAAUAAUUUCACAAUGCAUGUGUGGUUGACAGCGAUGUUACGUCAUUUGAAAAUUCUUAUUUUUCAAGUUUUGAUGCAAAAUUUUUCGAAACGAUCGGUACGUUUCCAAGAAUUACUCGUACCUACAUUUUUGUUGUAGAAAGCACAGAACAGGUCUCGUAGUUUCAUUUACGUACUACUAGUGCAAUAUUACUUUUUUGUUCAAAUUUGCCCCCCCUUCCCAAUUCUGAAUUAAAUUCUUCAAAGCAUUAAUACCCACGAAUAAUAAUUUAAAAUCGAAUAAACCUGAUAUAAUUUUCAAAAGGCUCAACGUAUCUGAAUUUGUGAUUGAAUUAGAUUAGAAUAUAAUGAUCUCUUAUCAACUUUCUCCCCCCUCCCAAAAAAAACCUAUAAUAAUAGGUGUGCUGAGAUGGGACACCAUUGAAAAUUCUGUCAGAUGACGAUUUUUUGCAGUUGCUUAUCACUAUUAACAAAUUUUUUAGUUUAUUAUGUAAUGAUUGUGUUCAUCAUAGGGUUUUAUUAUAUUUCUCUGGAGACUGUACAAGUGUACAUUCAAAUUAGGUACCUCAUAAUUUCAUAAGAAGUUGUUUAUAAUUAUCUAAUUGUAUUUUUUUGGGGGGGGAAUCAAAUUUUUAUUGGUUAAAUAGCAUUUUGCGGUUGAAUUUUGUUUAAAAAGUUCACCCAACAUAUUGCCGGGAUUAUUCAAUAAGUGUGUGGAUGACGUGCCAGCCAGUGAAGUUGAGGAAUUAAGCAUUGUUUGGGUAUUCCACAAUGAAAAAUACGCUGAAGCCUAGCCUUUCUGCUUUCAAUUGCCAUUAUGUUUAUUUUAGUUUUGAACAAUAUUUUUGUAAUUCAUUUAUUCUUGUAACGAAGUAUCUACAUUAUCAUGUCUUGAACAAAUUCUUAACUCGAUUGUAGAAAACAGCAUAUUUUAAAAAACUUCAGCAAAAUGAAACCAUUAUUCACGUUCAUUGAUUUUUUUGAUGACUGAAAUUCUACCGUAUCUGUUUUGUUUUCGGUUCCAAAAGAAAUCCUUGGUUGAUUUUUUUCAACAUUUUUAUGUUCAAAAUCUGUCUCCGUUGGCACCGCUGAAACAUAGUUUUGGAAAUGGGUGUGAAAAAUAUUAUAUUUUUUGUAAAUUUCAUAUUUUUUUUCUUUUUUUUCUUCGUACUUUGAUGAAACAAGAGCACGUAAUCACUUCAUGUCUCUCUCUGAUAUUUUGUUGUUGUUUUUAUUCGUAUUUUAUUCAAUUUUUGUACAUAAAAUUUAAUUUUUGAGCA